GCCCGCGUCCAAGAUGGCAGUUACGCGGCCUUCAUGACUUUUUACGGGACUGGGCGGCGUUGACGCCGGAGCUGGCAGUGGGUGGAGCGGUUAGUAAACAGCAAAUGCGGGAACUGGUGGGCCGGAAUCAGCCAUGGACUGGAAAGAAAUUCUUCGCCGGCGGUUAGCGACACCCAGCACCAGUCCAAACAAAAAAAAAAGUGAACAAGAGUUAAAAGAUGAAGAAAUGGAUUUAUUUACCAAGUAUUACUCAGAAUGGAAAGGAGGUAGAAAAAACACAAACGAAUUUUAUAAGACCAUUCCUCGGUUUUAUUACAGGCUGCCAGCUGAAGAUGAAGUCUUACUACAGAAAUUAAGAGAAGAAUCCAGAGCUGUCUUUCUGCAAAGGAAAAGCAGGGAACUAUUGGAUAAUGAAGAAUUACAGAACUUAUGGUUUUUGCUGGACAAGCACCAGACACCACCCAUGAUUGGAGAAGAAGCAAUGAUUAAUUAUGAAAAUUUUUUAAAGGUUGGUGAAAAAGCUGGACCAAAGUGCAAGCAAUUUUUCACAGCAAAAGUCUUUGCUAAACUCCUUCAUACAGAUUCUUAUGGAAGAAUUUCCAUCAUGCAGUUCUUUAAUUAUGUCAUGAGAAAAGUUUGGCUUCAUCAAACAAGAAUAGGACUCAGUUUAUAUGAUGUUGCUGGACAAGGGUAUCUUCGGGAAUCUGAUUUAGAAAACUACAUAUUGGAACUUAUCCCUACUUUGCCACAGUUAGAUGGGCUGGAAAAAUCUUUUUACUCCUUUUAUGUUUGUACAGCAGUUAGGAAGUUCUUCUUCUUUUUAGACCCUCUAAGAACAGGGAAGAUAAAAAUUCAAGAUAUUUUAGCAUGCAGCUUCCUAGAUGAUUUAUUGGAGUUAAGGGAUGAGGAACUAUCCAAGGAGAGUCAAGAAACAAAUUGGUUUUCUGCUCCUUCUGCCCUAAGGGUGUAUGGCCAGUAUUUGAAUCUUGAUAAGGAUCACAAUGGCAUGCUCAGUAAAGAAGAGCUCUCCCGCUAUGGAACAGCAACCAUGACCAAUGUCUUCUUAGACCGUGUUUUCCAGGAGUGUCUCACUUAUGAUGGAGAAAUGGACUAUAAGACCUACCUGGAUUUUGUUCUUGCAUUAGAAAACCGCAAAGAACCUGCAGCUCUGCAGUAUAUUUUUAAGUUACUUGACAUUGAGAACAAAGGGUAUCUGAAUGUCUUUUCCCUUAAUUAUUUCUUUAGGGCCAUACAAGAACUAAUGAAAAUCCAUGGACAGGAUCCUGUUUCAUUUCAAGAUGUCAAGGAUGAAAUCUUUGACAUGGUAAAACCAAAGGAUCCUUUGAAAAUCUCUCUCCAGGAUUUAAUCAACAGUAAUCAAGGAGACACAGUCACCACUAUUCUAAUUGAUCUGAAUGGCUUUUGGACUUAUGAGAAUAGAGAAGCGCUUGUUGCAAAUGAUAAUGAAAACUCUACAGACCUUGAUGAUACAUGAUCUCUCAAAGACUAGACUGUAUUCAUUAAAGUAAUCUUGAAUGCUGCAUGUAAGUCUUUUGACACAGAAUCCUUAGAAACGGUCUAAAUAAAAUACUUCAUAUGCCUACAGAA